UCAAUUGGUCCAACUUAUUAGCUAUCGAAUUUCCGUUCGCGUCGCGCGCGUUUCUUGCAAUCGGUCGUUGUGGAAGUGUUUUGGCAAAUUUGGGUACAAUUACAGGCUCCCAAAUUAUUUGGUGGACUGUUUUUAUCGAUUGUGAUUGAUCGGUGAUUGUGUUUGGGGGUAGUUUUUAUUUUUGGAAAGUGACUUUUCGUAAAACUCCAAUAUUGGAUCCCAAAAGGAAGAGGGCUUAUUCUAAUGUGCUUCCGCGAUCAUACCUCAAGCGAAUGCAUUAUCGGAGCACAUUUGGGCUGUUAGUGCAGAUACAGUGCCGUACGUUCCUGCAAAUCAAAGAAAGCCCACACCGGAAGCGCGGCUUUCCCGGAGGAGAUAAACCUUCCUGCAGAAGCUCGGACGCCCACUAAAAAGGAACCCAUCAAGUGUUACGUGUGACUCAGGUUCAAGGGCGUCAAAAAUUCCGUUCGCUACCCAACGGAAGUAAAAUAUAAAAAAAAAUAUCCAGCUUCAAAAGCGGCAUUGGGAAGCAACUACUGCAAUCUGCAGCUGUGAAAGAAUAAAGUGAUUUAGUUUAAUAGCAAUUGUAUUUAUUAAGAAUCCUACCCCACCAAAAACUAUCUACCAAAAAAUAAGAGACAAUUCAAACAGUAUUACCCAGCUAAAAUGAUAACUAUCGUGAUGCUGCUCGCCCUUGCCGCUGUUGGUGCCUCCGGGGCUGAGCCCCAGAAUAUGCCCACUUGUGGCAGCGAAGAGAUGGCCCACACCGGCGAGUUUACGCCGUAUGAUUACUCAGCUGUUGGGUUCAUGCUGGUCGUUUCGCUCGGAAUCGUUCUCCUUUUCGCAGGAAUAUUCUACGGCUACUUUGGCAAAUCCAAAGACCAAACGGAGGCCUCCGAUUCCAACGAAUUUCUGCUCGGCUCGGGCAUGACCGUUUUCCCAGUGACACUGAGCCUGACCACGAGUUUCAUCACGGCCAUCGAGCUUCUCGGAAACCCAUCGGAAAUGUUUUUCAGUGGUACCCAGUUCGCUCUGAUAGUAAUUUCCGCUCUGCUCGUCAUCCCCGUUGCCAUCAAACUGUUCUAUCCGGUUUACUACAAAAUGAACCUAACGAGCUGCUACGAGUACCUGGGAUCGAGAUUCGACAACAGACUGCGGGUUUUCGGUGCGGUUCUGUACGUCUUACAGAUGUCUUUCUACACGUCGGUGGCGGUACUGGCGCCCGCCAUUGCCCUCUCCAAGGCAACAGGUUUGGAUACGCAUGUGGCCGUGGUGCUGAUCUACUUCGUGUGUAUCUUCUACUCGUCGCAGGGCGGCCUCAAAGCCGUCGUCAUCGCAGAUACAUUCCAGGCAUGCAUUCUGGCCCUCUCUCUGCUGCUGGUGGUUGGCCUCGGAACGUACUACACUGGAGGCUCCGCGGAAAUAUUUGCACGCGCCGAAGAGAACAACCGCAUUGAAUUAUUAAAUCUCAGCACCAACCCAACGACCCGCCAUUCCGUUUAUUCGGUAGUGAUCGGAGGGUUCUUCUAUUGGACGUCCCUGUUUUGCACAAAUCAAGCGUCGGUUCAAAAAUGUAUGUCAUUAAAAUCGAUGAAAAAGGCAAAAAAGGCUGUUUGUUUCGCGAUUCUCGGAUUGGUGUUGGUUUUUCUGUUCAACUUCUACACGGGCUUGAUGACUUUUGCGCACUAUCAUCAGUGUGAUCCGCUGCGUUCCGGACAGAUCACCGAGAAGGACCAGUUGAUGCCGUUCUACGUGAUGGACGUUUUCGGACACAUUCCAUUCAUGACGGGAAUUUUCGUCGCGGGAAUCUUCGCCGCUAGUUUGGGAACCGUUGCCGCUGCACUGAACUCGCUUUCGGCCGUCACUUGCGAGGAUCUUCUGGUGACCGGACUGGGAAUUAAGAUUUCACCGAAACGGAGCUCGCUCUACGCCAAGUGGAUGUCGCUCGGCUAUGGCAUUUUCUCGUUCGGCUUGGUGUUUGUGGUGGAACGUCUUGGGGGCAUCCUGCAGGCGACCCUCACCCUGAACGGACUCAUCGGAGGGGUCACUCUAGGACUGUUCUCGUUAGGGAUGUUUUUCCGUCAUGCCAACAGUAAGGGAGCCUUGUACGGGGGCAUCCUCUCGUUGGCAUUUGUCAUCUACCUCGGAGUGAUGGCCCAAAUUGACGGCGAACCGGUGACUUUCCUGCCAACCUCGAUGGAGUCCUGCAACUGCACCCAGCCCUCGUUGUCCUUCUCGUCGAUGCUGGCCUCGGACCGCUCCCUAAUAACCGACGGACCAGUCAGUAUGGCUUUGGUAGCGGCCGAAGAUCCGACCGGAGGGCUGUCAACUGCCGCCGCCAUCCUCGGUGAUAAAGUGCUUCCUGGUGCCUCUAUGGAAAUUAUGCCCCGCGCUUCGGAUGAUUCCCCGUGGUCUUCGGUGUACCGGAUCAGCUACAUGUGGUACUCGUUCCUGGGAGCCUUCCUGACGGUGUUCUUCGGUUUCAUCAUUUCCCUGAUGACGGGGGGUCUCACCUUGUGCGGACUUCCUACAAACUCCAGCGAUCUGCCAACUCCUGGAAACGAUCGGGUCGAAAGCAGCUAUGCCAAGUCGAUGAACGGCAGCAUAAACGGGAAGGAAACGAAGGCAAGAAAAUCAAUUACCAGAGAUGGCUCCAUCCGAAUCCAGAAUGGUGCACCGAUGACGAUGAUGAUGAAAACCGGUGUCUCCUGCAAGAGCUGGAAGAAGACCAAGGACGAAGGCAACAUAUUUGCAAUCGAAGGAUAUCGUAAUCAAGCUCCAGGCAGCGCCACCUCCCCCAACAACACCGAUUCCGGCCCGGUAAGCCCGGGUCGUCUCGCUCUGGAGGUGGAACGUGGAAAGGUUUAAUUAUGGAUUUUAGCAGCUUGUGUCUGCGGGCACGUUCCACCCUCGGGUGGGAUUACUUCGGGAUUUGGUAUGUGGGACGAAUCAUUCCAGUGUAAUCUUGUGGGCUUUUUCGAUCGAUUGAGAUUGGAAGUUUGGUGCGAUUACUUGCUUUUGCAGUUCAAGUAUUUAAGCAGAUGAAACAGAUAAUCAAUCCCUGAACUAAGAUGAUACCCGACUGUUCUAGAACCAGCACUAUUUAUUUCCAUUUUAUUCUGGAAUUCUUAACUGCAAAAAACACUUACUAGUUGAUAGGCAAAAGGAUGAAUUUAGCAACGGAUGUAAUUUGAAGUACAAAUCGUAGAGGAAGAGAUGAUUCCCGGUGCCACUUGGAGAGCAUGUGAGUGGCACCAGCAGGAGUGCAUUUUGUUAUUACAGAAUUGAUGAGUUUUUAAUUGAUGUAGGAAAUUGUGUCCUGAGAUUAUCUGUUAUCCCAGAAAAUUCUGUUCCAUCUCGGAAUCGAUCGCAUAUUUAUUAUACAAUUAGAGUAAGUUUAUUAUGCUUAGGAAGUUAUGAUUGUGUAUGCCUUUAUGGAUGGCAAUAAAUCUGAGAAAACAUAA